AUUGCGGCGGGCUUAGCACGCCACCGGCUCUCGCAUGACGGCCUUCCCCCAAGACCGGCUGCGUGACCUGGGCUUCGAGAUAUCCGACGGGAGGCUCUAUGACGUCAACACUGGUGACGCGUGCCUCUGCAGGGGGGAUUUGCACUGACAGAUGGAUGUGUCUGUGUGCAGGGGAUCCCUAUCGAGACCGAGGCGGUGCCCCCCACCUACAGAGGGACAAGAUAAUCGACCUCGGUACGGAAGAGAGAACACGCACAACGUUAUUCAAAGGACCUUGCCUUGACUGCCUUGAUUGCCUUGAUUUGCCAGUGGGUUCGUACGUGACUUCCCUGCUGUCAAGAGAAUGCCAGCUUAUGCGAGUGUUCGUGCCUCUGGACAGCCUCACGGCCUACCUCUCCCUCACCCGCCCGAUGCCCAGUGACUUUGACCGCGUCAAGCAUGACAUCCAGCGGGCCACUGAAAGCCCACCGAGGCCAGCGCAUGAGGGCAUCGGCGUGGAGUUCUGGAUGUCGCAGGUGAGCCGGCGUAAUUCGAAAGUCGGCGUUGCCCCAAAUCAUCUGCACUGGCUUGUGUCUCUGUUGUAUGUGUUCAGGGUGCGGUGGAGAGGGCAGGGCGUGUGUUGGUGCUGAUACAGUCGUCAGGUGCCAAGGCGUCUGCGGGCAUGUGGGGCAUCGGUGAGCAAAAUGAGAGAAUGGCCACAGCCCCCUUCGGCCAUCCAUCCCUUCCUUUUGUGGAUGUGUAUGGUGCAGAAACGUGCCUGAAGUUGGGGCUGAACACGGGUCGAAAGAAAAGGCCGCCAAGCGCGUGUGCGAAGGGAUGCUUUCUGCAUGGUUGUGUGGCUCUCUCAGGCACCAUCUUGCCAUAUGUGGAGGCGGCGAGAAGAGGUGGCCUUGCCAUCUGCCUGCUCCGGCCAUGUCCCGUCGACGGGUCAGCAGAAGCAGCACCUCAACCCACCCGUAGUGAUGUCUCUUCGCACCUCUUUUUUGCGCACUGCAGGCAGGGCCGGCGUGUGGAGAUCCCUUUUGAGGAUGAGGUGGUCCGCACCACUUGGAGGGCGCUUUUCGCCAUCAUGAAGUCGACACAGGUGUGACGAGACACUCACUGCUCUUGCUCAACCGACACGCAUCCCGUUUCCUUGCCGUUUUGCUUGUCUCCAGAUAUAUGUGCUGGCUUACCUGUAUGGCGGUGAGGCCUUCGUCUCCCUGCUGGAGGCGGCUGCGGAGGAUGAGGUGAAUGAGGGAGGGCACAUGAUGAUGUGUCUGACUUUCUUUCUCGUGUGUGUGUGUCAUUCAUGGCCCAGUGGCUGUCUCGCGUGCGAUCAGUGGUGUUCUGCGACCCGAAGCACGACUUCAGAGACAAGGCAAUCAAUCACCGUGGCGGAGCUCCCUUCACUCACACUCUGCUGUGUCUGCUGUCUUCAGGAUGCCCCUGGUAGCCUUCGCGAGUUCAUGCAGCGGUGCAUGGCCAUGUGCCCCACACACCUGCCAAGAAUGACGCCGCUGACGGAACAUGCGCGCCGCUUCGGCUGCCUGACGGUCGCGGGCAACAUCAACGGCGAGUCCAUGAUGACCGAAGCAAUCGAUGACAUAUUCCACUCAUUCGAACAGGUCUCACAUCAUGACACAUAUCUCUCUCUACACACACACACACACACACACAACGCCUGUCUCUUCCAUUCAGGCACGCCCACGCGAAGCCACGCCCACCUCUGUCCCGCCUCUAGCCUUCCCCGGUUCGCCAAGCCGCCGAGCAGCGUCAUCAGCAGAGUUGACAGACACACCCAACGUCAAGCCACGCAAGCGGCCGCCCAGCAUGGUCCGCGUGUCGAGCAAGGGUUCUGACGACCAGCCGCCGAAGCGGCUCGUGCCCAUCAACUUGUCUCACAGAAACAGCACCGGCACGCUCAACCUCAGGACACCGCGGAUGAGGAAAGACGACAGAGGGCUCUUCGCCACGCCUGUGGUGGCGAAAACGGGGCAGAUGUCGCCCCGCCUCUCUGCCACAGCCGGCAAGGAGCGGCAUAUCUAUGUGUCCGUGGCCACCCCCGGCCACCACACGGCGAUGCGUUGCAAGGAGAGGACACACCGAAUCGAGGGCAUUGCCGCCGAGAUCGACGCGAGGAAGCAGCUGUCCUUCCUAGAGAAGAUCAGCAAGGUGGCACCACCAAUAGAGGGCCCGCUUGCCUCCGCCAGGAGCCCACAGAGCCCUCGACUCGAGACCCACAGCGCACUAGUCAAGAAGAAGCCUCCGGUGCCUGUGCCGCCAUUGUCGCUUCACGCCCUUUCACCAGCACCAGGGACCAAUGCAGCAAUCCCUCUGCGCACACAGGCUGGUGUCGGCCGCGGACGCAACGGUGCACUCAUGACCAACCGAGACAAGAGCCGAAGACCGUUCUCACCUGCCCUUGACGUGAGCGUGGUGCGACCCAGUGCAAGGGGGCCGCUGAAACGGUACUCUCACGAUUACCUGCCGCUUGCAUUCAUCACGUGUGCUCGUUUCUGUCAGGGCGGCGGAUGAGGAACCGCAGCCCAACGGCCGACCCCACUACACUCGAGUCGGAGGGGGGUUCACUGACAAGUUGGCCGCGGCUUCUCCUCGAGGCAGUGUGAUGCUUAAGCGACAGCUGGAGCUCUUGCGUAAGGCACAAUCGCAGCGCGUGAUCAUCCGGGACGACAAGAAGGAGAGCCUCUCGCGGGGGGGCAGCACGGUGGUCGAGAUGGCGGCACAGACUGACACAGACGAAGACAAUGGAAGCAGGGCGGCCCCAGAGGUGUCGCCGCGGCCCAGGAUGGCCGACUGUGAGGUGCAGUGCUUGAUGAAGGACGCUGAUAAAGACCUGCGGAUGCUAAGAAGGUGCUGCUCAUACCUACUCCCAUUGCAAGUGAGCAGGCAGCUGAACAAAAGAAGAGAGGGAAAGAAAGGCACGCGACAGGCGGUGCCUCCUUGUGUGUCUCAGGCGGUGCUUGAGGAGGAAGGCAAUGGAGCCGUGGCCAACCACCCGACCACACGUCCGGAGACCAUCGACGAGCCACCCAUGUCCCCACCAGCCAAGCAGAUCCAGCCCACACACAUCGAGUCCCCGUCAGCUGACGUGUCUCCCAACGCCAUCGCACCCGCACAGGUGCCCUCUUCGCACGAGCCGCAGUUCUUCAGUGCACUUCCCCCGUCCUCCCGCCGCAUCAUGAUGGCAUCCAGCUCAAUACAAGAGCUGCCCUCGGCUCAGGUCGUCAAUGCACCGACUGUCUGGGGUGCGACGUCGGACGCAUCGCCGCGCGGACGGCCGCCGAUGCACUGGGACGGCGGUUCGCCCAAGGACAGCCUGGUCUUCACACCGCGGGAUCCGCAGCAGCAGCAGCAGCACCAGCCGUUCCAGAUUCCCCCGCUGCAGCACAUGAUACAUCGGGCGUCGGCCACGCAGCUGAUGCAGGUGGUGAGCAACAACCUGAAGGACGAGCCGGUCAACCGCCCACGAGCUGCACCAGCACCGGUGGCUAAGGUGCCCCCUGCAUGCUCUUGGCGGCCCUAUGCCGCCGCUGGCCCUGCGUAUCGGCUUCCUCUGCAUCCGGCCAUGAUGCCCUAUCGCCACCACCACCCACAUCAGCGCUGGCAGAUUCGGCCAAGCGCCUCCAUGGAAGUCCUCCCACCUUCUAUGGCAUUCAGGCCGAUGCCCGGCGCAUAGACAAAGGGGGAGGGGAGGACAGAUAGGGUGGGAAGCUCUGUGUGUGUCUGUCUGUGUGUUUGAGUGGGAUGGCAUUUUUCUUCCCC